AAUGCCUUAAUCUUAUUCCACAGAACUGCUAACAACUUCUGGUAACGACACGCCUUCUCUUUGUGUUAAGUUGACAACAAAGCAGGCAAACGUUUUGUCACUCAGAGUGGCGCACUUAUUUGCGGUCUAGAGCUUUUUUAAGUUUCAUUUCUCUGCAGACCACCAGCGCAACACUUCUCAAAACAGAAAGUAAGUCAUGGCACAAACUACGAUUGUGACAACCCAGCAUGUCUCCUCUGGUACUUGGACUACAGGCAUUUGUGAUUGCUGUUCUGAUAUGGGCACAUGUUGCUGUGCCCUAUGGUGUUUCCCGUGCAUGCAGUGUCAGACUGUGUCUCAGUUUGGUUGGUGUUUCUGCAUGCCAUUGCUGGACUGCUGCAUGGUGGUCUCAUGCUGUCUCCGCCAGAAGAUGAGAGAACAAUACAACAUUCAUGGUUCAUGCUGCGAUGACUUUUGCACUCUCUGCUGCUGUUAUCCUUGUGCCUGGUGUCAGAUGUCUCGAGAAAUCAAGACUCGUGCUCGUUCUGGCACUGUGGUCACCCAACAAAUUAUUCAUAGUUAGAGAUCAGUUUUGCUGUGAUUUCUGAUAUGGGCAAAAAUAUGUGGAGAUGGCGAAAACUGGUGCCCUCUACCAAGUGUUGCAAUGUAAAAAGUGUUUUUAUAUUGUAUGCAUGACUGCCUUUUUCAGAGCUUUUUUAUAAGUUGUCUUAUCCUGUUAUACUCCUGUUGUACACUGCUUAUAUUCUGCAACCAAUACAUAGAUUUUUGUAACUCGCUUCUUUCAUACUGUUCUGGAGAUUACAAAACAUAGGCACAACAUAGACAUAUAGUAUAUGUACUGCAAGUUAUUAUCAAAAAAACAUCCUUAUUACAUUAAUAUAUUGUAGUACAAUUAUAUUAGUUUACUCUGUUAGUUUACUGUUAAUUCAUUUUGUAUAAGUUCUUUCCAGUAAUAAAAUGAUGAGGUAAAAACCUG